UCUACUCCUAGGAAUACCUUUGAUAUCAAAGUCCUACAAGAUGAAAGCUUCAAUCACACUCAUCGUCUUUCUUGGUGUACUAGCCGUCAGUUACUCAUGGAACACACCAUACAGUGGCGGUAGUCAGGGUGGCCGAGGAGGCCAAAAUGGCGGAAGACCACAAGGCGGACAAAAAGGCGGACAAAAAGGCGGUCAAAAAGGCGGUCAACAAGGUGGAUUUGGGGGUCAAAACGGCGGACAACAAGGUGGAUUUCCAGGAGGCCAACAGGGUGGACAGCAACCAGGUAGACAACAAGGAGGAUGGCAGCAGCAGCAGCAACAGGGUGGACGAGGUGGACAGCAACAAGGUGGGUGGCAGCAAGGAGGUCAGGGUGGUCAAGGACAACCAGGACGAGGAGGACAGCAGCAGGGUGGUGAUCCAUGGCAGCAAGGAGGUCAAGGACAGGGAGGUCAAGGAGGCCAGGGACAACCAGGGCAAGGUCAACCACAAGACUGUCCAAUGGGACAAAGACCAGGUCAGGGAGGUCGAGGUCAAGGCGGACAAGGCGGACAGGGAUUCGGAUUCCCACAGCAAGGAGGACGAGGCGGACAAGGUGGACAAGGAGGACGAGGUGGACAAGGUAUGGGAGGCGGUAUGAUGAUGGGAGGAGCUGGUGGAGAUUAAACAUGAUCUCUGACAUGUCUCAUCAAUGUCUCUGUAUAUCUAUAAUGCUUGUUACAUUAAACACAUUGUAAAU